AUGACCACAAAGGUAUCACAGGUGAAGAGCAGCCGAAUAGAAUCACAGAGAAAACGAGAAGAAAGAACAGAGGCUGCGAUCCUUCUUCAUAGGAGGCAAAAGAGACAAGUAUAUAGCCCAAGUAAAGAGUCCAAAAUGAAGUUAUAUUUGUUUCUUGGUUCAAGUUUCCAGCCUUCUUCAUUAAUACUGAUUUUAUUGCUCAAGUUAUUAUUUUCAUGGUGGAUAUUGCCUAAUUUGGCAUAUAAAAAGCUCAAGGACAAUGGCUUUUCUGGGCCAAAACCUAGUUUCCCUUUUGGAAACUUAAAUGAUAUGAAAAAUGAGAAGAAAUAUGCAUCUUCCUGCAUCAUAUCCCAUGAUAUCCACUCUGCUGCAUUUCCAUACUUUGCUCGAUGGCAGAAAUCGCAUGGAAAAGUAUUCAUACACUGGCUGGGGACAGAGCCAUUUCUAUACAUUGCAGACCCUGAAUUUCUAAAGAAAAUGACUGCUCAUGUAGUAGGAAAAGCCUGGGGAAAGCCAACUGUUUUUAAGAAUGAUAGAGAACCAAUGUUUGGCAAUGGUCUUUUAAUGGUUGAAGGCGAAUACUGGGUUCAUCACAGACGUGUUAUAACUCCGGCAUUCUCUCCUGCCAACUUGAAGGGUAUGACAAACUUAAUGGUUGAGUCGGUGACGAGUAUGCUCGACCGCUGGACUGACCUAAUCAACUCCGGCAAGCCAGAAAUCAACGUUGAGAAGGAAAUCACAAGCACAGCUGGAGAGAUCAUCUCGAAAACAAGUUUUGGCAUAAGUUACGAAAAUGGAAGAGAAGUGGUAGAGAAAUUAAGAGAAAUGCAAAUCACUCUUUUCAAGUCCAACCGCUUCGUAGGGGUACCCUUUAGCAACUUCAUGAGCCCUAAACAAACCUUAAAGGCCAGAAAACUUGGUAAGGAAAUUGAUGCCCUUCUCUUAUCCAUAAUCACAGCUCGAAGCAAAUCCAGCAAAAGGCAUCAUCCUCAGCAGGACUUGCUCGGCCUACUGCUGGCAGAUAAUAUGGUGGACAGCCGUCCCGGAAGACGGGCCUUAACAACCAGGGAACUGGUUGACGAGUGCAAAACUUUUUUCUUCGGCGGCCAUGAAACCACCGCAUUGGCGGUGACAUGGACUUUGCUCCUCCUUGCGCAGCACCGUGAGUGGCAAAAUCAGCUGAGAGAAGAAAUCAGAGAAGUGAUUGGAAAUAGAGAAAUUGAUGCAGCAAAUAUUGCUGGACUAAAGAAGAUGGGGUGGGUGUUGAAUGAAGUUUUACGUUUAUACCCUCCAGCUCCCAAUAUACAAAGACAAGCAAGACAAGACAUUGAAGUGGACAACCUUGUAAUUCCCAACGGUACAAAUAUGUGGAUUGAUGUUGUAUCAAUUCACCAUGACCAAAAUCUUUGGGGACAAAGCGUGAAUGAAUUCAAACCAGAAAGAUUUAAGGAGGAUAAUUUGUAUGGAGGCUGCAAUCACAAAAUGGGAUUUUUGCCAUUUGGAUUUGGAGGAAGAAUGUGUGUUGGUAGGAAUUUGACAAAUAUGGAGUACAAAAUUGUGUUGACCCUAAUUUUGACUAGGUUUUCCUUUUAUCUUUCACCAAAUUACUGCCAUUCUCCCUCUAUUAUGUUGUCCCUUAGGCCAAUGCAAGGUCUUCCUCUUAUAUUUGAAACUCUAUAA